CCACCUCGAGGUCUCCACAUAUAAAUAUAUAUAGUCCUAACCUUACAAAUUUUGCUAGGAGAACAUAAUUCCUCUACUUUCUUCAAUAUAGGAAAAGAGGCAAAGCAGUUUAGUUUCCCUCCAUUUCAACUUUUUCCUUUGUGUUCUUUUUUCUACAUUCUAUUUUUGACCAUGGUAAUGGUCACCCAUGACUCUGUUUCUCCUUCUUCCUCUUCCUGUGAAGUUCCUCCACCGCAGUCCCAUGCGACGGCUGUGGUUGUUAGUCCUUGCGCUGCCUGCAAGAUCUUACGUCGGAGAUGCGCUGAUAAAUGUGUUUUGGCGCCUUACUUUCCUCCCACCGAUCCCCUCAAGUUCUCUAUUGCUCACCGUGUUUUUGGAGCUAGCAAUAUUAUCAAAUUCCUCCAGGAACUGCCAGAAUCACAAAGGGCAGAUGCAGUAAGCAGCAUGGUAUACGAAGCAAAUGCACGACUAAGAGAUCCGGUUUACGGAUGUGCAGGAGCUAUAUGUCAGCUUCAGACACAAGUAAAUGAUCUCCAAGCGCAAUUAGCUAAGGCUCAAGCUGAACUUGUGAAUAUGAAAUGUCAACAAGCCAACCUUUUGGCUUUAAUUUGCAUGGAAAUGGCUCACCAACAUGAUGAAACUCCACCCUCUAAUACAUCUCAGUCACAGUCACAGUCACCCGAACAUCCUAACAGUGGCUUAAGUAAUAUCGCGUGCUUCAUUGAUGAUAACAACUUAGAAGGUUCACUUUGGGAGCCUCUUUGGACAUGAUUAUAUGAUGUAGUUGUCAAUCAAUGGUGCAUUGUCUUCACCUGAACAUAUCUGAUUGGACUUGACCGGGCUAAUUUACCUUAUGCCUACACCAAAUUAAAUCUCACCAUGUCUAAGCCCUGAUUAGACUUAAUCAGCCAAGAGAAUGCACCUUAAGUCUCCGAGCUAUGAUAAUAGAUGAGCAAAGGAAAAAUUUGCAGAAGAUAUAUGUAGUAUGUGUAUAAUAUUAUUAGUAAAUUAGCGAAGCGAAGUAGCUUCGAUUGGUUCAUAUUCGAACUCAAAAAAAAAAAAAAAAAAAAAAAAAAAAAAACCAAUUCGGAUAUAGUUAAUCAUGUAUGAUGGCAUAAUAGCUAAAGUCGACGACUAGUUGAUAGUCUAGUUAUGGGCUCUGAUGUAAUCUUCAACUCUGAGAGACAUAGUUGUCAACGUUGUAGUUUCUAAUCUAUAUCUUCAUAAUUCAAUCUAUAACUACUUCUUGGUUACCUAA